AUGACUGCCGAGACCACCGUCUUACACGGCCGUCUGCCGUCGGCCCACGGAAACACAGCCUCGCCAACGCCGCGCAGCGGUGACCACACGCUCGACAGCGCAUCCGUGCUCUCGAGCUCACGGCAUCGAAGAGACAGAGACAGAGACAGCCGUCGCGAGAAAGAUAAAGACGACGCCUCCCGGAGAGGACACUCGUCGUCGUCGUCGUCAUUUGCAUACAGGGACAUCAUCAAGUCCGUGCUGUCACACGUCAUGACCAAGGCCGAGACUCCAUCUUCAUCUUCACCUUCACCUUCACAGGACAUGAAGCACAAGCAGGUCGAGGACGUCGUGAGGGGGCUUGCCAUGGAGGAGUGGAAUUCGCGGUGGCUGGAUGAGCUGGUGGCCAAGGUCAAGGGAGAACUCAAUGAUGGAGCAGACCACGCCGACGAUGCUUCAGUCUCAGACAACACAUCACCAUCUCCAUCUGAAGAGUCUUCAUCAAAGGAAUCCAUGAAGCGCUAUCAGCCCACAGUAGAAGACUACAACGAAGACGAAGACGAGCCCUCGGAUUUCGAGUACGGCUUCACGCCCACAGUCUCCGUCUCCAUCGACGACACCCAGCCUCUCACCCGCACCUCAUCCCAACUCUCCAGCUCCUCCCAAGAUUCCUCCUCAUCGUCUUCAUCCAAAGACUCAUCCAAAGAUUCCCUCCCCACGCCCCCGAGCUCCGUCUCGUCAGACUCUCCCACCCCACGCCCGACCGUCCGCUUCCAACCCCCCGUCAUCCACUACAUCACCGAACCACCCGAACCCGAACCCGAACCCGAGCCGGAGCUGCAUCGGACUCACUCCCUGCCUACGCACUUGAGGUCUCCCGCGCCGGAGAGACAGGAGCCUUCGUGGACGCUGCUGUUCAACGAGCGGGAUGAGCCGACGCCUGCUCUGGGCCGGUUCCUCCGCGGCCUGGCAAACCACAUUAUUGCCGAGUACUCUCCAACAGACUCCCUCGUCAUCACCCCCGACAAGCUGCUAAAGUUCUACUCCCGCUACAAGCUCGACAACGAAUUCUUUCCCUUCCAACGCGUCUUCGACACCCGCUACCACAAAUCCCUCCGCGGCAUCUCCUUCCUCUUCUCAGACCUCCGCUGCGAGCACCACCUCGUCCAGCCCUCCAUCGACUCCAAGCCCUCCAUCCCCGCCCUCACCCCCGCCGGCUUCGAGGACUGGAUGACCCUCAUGGUCCGCGCCUUUCCCGACCGCGAGGCCAAGCGCCUCGACCUCGUCCUCGCAGACAUGCCGCUCCUCGCAGACGACAGGCACGCCCGUCUCCCCCCCGCGCAGAGGCUUCUCCCCCGCGAGCUCCCGCGCGAGCUGUUCCCCGAACGAGGCCACCCGCGCGUCUUUGAUCUCCUGGCUUCCUCGUUUGCGGAGUGGAACACCAUCACCGCCGUCAUCGUGCCCCCCGAGGCCGUUGCCGCUUCUUCUUCUUCUUCUUCUUCUGCCGCUGCUUCUUCUUCGUCUCAUCCUCCGCUCCACGCAUACGUCCCCUCAUCCCUCCACCAACUCCCCCCCGCCGCAAGCAAAGCCCUCAAAGAAGACACCCGCCGCCACAAAGACGCCUGCUACAUCGACCAGACCCGCCUCCGCCCUUCCUCCCUGAUAUACCCGUCCUCUCCCGCCUCCCCGACAUCCUCCUUCUCAACCGUCUCGUCCGCAGCACCACCGGACGCAAAGCCCGAACCAUCAUCAUCCUCCUCCUCCUCUGGCUCAUCAUCGUCUUCCAAGCACCGCUCCUCUCGUUCCCGCGACCGAGAAUCCCGCCACCGCUCGGAGAGGUCCUCCCGCCGGUCCGAGAGGGAGAGGUCCCCGCGCCGGCAUCACAAGAGUCGACGAUAUAGAGACUCGAGCCCGAGCGACUAUACGUCUGGAAGAAGCGAUGAGAGACGAAGAGAGAGAGAAAGAAGAGGAAGCAACUAA